AUGCCUACAGCACUUUCAUACCCCGGUCUUCGAUGUGUCCUAGAGUUUUUGAUUCCCAUGAAAAGCGACGGAUUGGGGUUUACAAAUGGACGUGGAAAGUGUUUUGAAAGAAUUUAUCCAUCAAAUUUGAAGCCGGAAGAAGCAAUGAAAAAACUGCUCAAUUCAUAUUUGGGAGUUAGAUCAAAGAUCUACGUGAAGUGUUUUUUCUUUAAUAGAGAAAUUCCAAAAUUUGUACCGCCAAAUCUCAUUCUUCAAAUCAAUGAGUUGAGAUGUUGCUUCAGUUAUAUCGAUGGAUUCCUGCCUAUUAUAGAUCCAAGCAGUUUUCCUUUGAAAACGCUGCGUACUGCAAUCUGCGAACUUACCAAUCUGAAUCAUCCAGUUCUAACUUCUGCUCAGGAACUCAUAGUUUUAUACGGAUUCGACGGACUAACACAAUUAAUCAAACACAACAACACAAACAAGCGUGUCACAUUUGAAAAGUAUAACUUCAGACCCAUAGAUCUCUUAGUAUUGAUUGAAAACUGGAAGAAAAAUGGAAAAGAAAUUGGGACAAUCUUCAAGUUUCAUGAUUAUAAGGACAAUCUCUAUAUGCACUACUUGUUGCGGGAGCUGAAAGAAUUUAAAAUUGAAAGUGAUCAUCACAGUCAGGUAACUCCAAUUCUAAAAGUCCCGAUUGACGCAUUUGCUGAAAUACAUGUAUCUCAAGACAACGAAGAUUAUAUUGUAGUAGAAGUGGUUUCUUCGAAAAAUGAAAUUGACGCUACAGAAGUGCAGGGUAGCAGUAAGAAGGAAAGAAAAUCAUGA